AUGCAGAUGUAUCUUGGGUCCAGAGACGAUCCCAUCAGUGCCUUGUUGCUUCGAACCAAGUCUAGAGUCUGGUUUCCGACAAUCCCGCGCGUCACCGAGAAUCAACAUCUCCCGACCGUCAACAACGUCACCAUUGACAAUCAGCACCCGCUGUCAGCUACCGAAUUGGACAACGACCUCCGCAGCAUUGGAGCUUGGUCGGACGGGGUUGAAGCAAACAUACGAGCAGCUGAUGCAGCAGCUACAAGAGCAGAAAGUACCUCCUUGCCAGUUGUCUCCGCAGAGUCCCCAACCACCGUCGAGCGGCCGAUACAUCCUGAAGAGUAUUCCUUCAACGAGAUCUCCAUACAACGGGCGAGGGUUUGA